AUGGAAAUGAAAGAUAUGAAGGAGUUCAAGUGGCCAUCGAGGUUGAGGUCUCCUCCUGAGUCCAGCGACAAGAACAAGUACUGUGACUACCAUCGUGACCAUGGCUAUACUACAAAGGAUUGCAUUACAUUUCAACGUGAGAUUGAAGCUUUGAUAAAAAGAAGAUUCCUAAAAGAGUAUAUCAGGCAUGACAAGUAUCCCAGGAAUGAUCGUAACAAUGGGAAGACCACAGAAUCUGGGGGAGCUCCCAACGACAUGAAAGACAUCACAUUUGGAUCGAAGGACUCAGAAGACAUAACAUACUCCCAUGACGAUGCCUUGGUCAUAUUUGUCAUCAUCGCCAACUCUGAAGUAAGGAGGGUCUUGGUUGACAAUGGAAGUGCGGCCAAUGUGUUGUCCCAAGAGGCCUUCAUGAAGAUAGGUAUUUCUGUUAACCAGUUCAAGACAGUCAAAACACCGCUCCAGGGAUUUGGGGGUGGAACAAUCAUCCCGGAAGGAAUCGUUGAUCUUCCCCUAACAUUGGGCUCAGGGCAAAAGCAGGGCCAUUGUAUCUACCUUCCAUCUUGUUAUGAAGUUCCAAUAAGUGACGGUAUAGGGAUCUUGCGUGGAGAUCAGAAAGCAGCAAGGCAGUGCUAUGUUACUUGUGUUCGGAGAAUGAGCACUGAUGUCAUGCAAGUAUUGACCCUUGAGCUUGAACUAGAGAACCAGCAAAAAUUUGUCCCAGAAGAAGAACUGAUAGAGGUCAGGGUCGAGCAUAGCGAAGAUUGA